UUCUCGGCCCAAAAUCCCUCCGUUCCGGACUUUUCCCCCUUUUAUCAAAUUCAUUUAAUUUCACCUCUUUCCUCCGAUUCAAAUCCGCGUUCUUUUCUCUCUCUCUCUCUCUUCUUCCUUCUCCCCACUGUCGUCUCUCAGAGUCAGAGGUCAAAUAUUUGGCUGUUUUUUUUUCCCUCCUUUUGCUUCCUCCCCUCUCUCUUCUUCCUCCCCAUGCUUCUCGAUCUGUAGUUCAUUCUUCUCUUCUCAAUUUUCUUCCUCAUCCACACUCUUCUUCCUUCACUCUAUCCUACCUCUGCUACUUCAACUUCUACUUUCAUCGUCAGAGCUGUAGGCUAUGGACGGCGGUGCUCCGUACAAUCCACGUACCGUGGAAGAGGUGUUUAGGGAUUUCAAGGGCCGUAGAGCUGGUUUAAUCAAGGCUCUAACUACUGAUGUUGAAGAGUUCUACCAGCAAUGUGAUCCUGAGAAAGAAAAUCUUUGCCUCUACGGAUUUCCUAGUGAGCAGUGGGAGGUCAAUUUGCCUGCGGAAGAGGUGCCUCCAGAGCUUCCAGAACCUGCGCUGGGCAUAAAUUUUGCUAGAGACGGAAUGCAAGAAAAGGACUGGCUAUCUUUGGUUGCGGUGCAUAGUGAUGUUUGGCUGCUUUCUGUGGCAUUUUAUUUUGGAGCUAGGUUUGGAUUUGAUAAGACAGAUAGGAAGCGUCUAUUUAAUAUGAUAAAUGAUCUUCCAACAAUAUUUGAAGUGGUGACAGGGACAGCCAAAAAACAAGUUAAGGAUAAAUCAUCAGUUUCAAAUCAUAGCAGUAAUAAAUCUAAAUCAAAUUCAAAGCGGAGUUCCGAACCUCAAAUAAAAAAUACAAAAGUUCAAUCGAAAGACGAGGAAGAGGAAGGCUUGGAAGAGGAAGAUGAGGAAGAACAUGGAGAAACACUUUGCGGAGCUUGUGGAGAGAAUUAUGCAUCUGAUGAGUUCUGGAUUUGCUGUGAUAUUUGUGAGAAAUGGUUCCAUGGGAAGUGUGUGAAGAUCACUCCGGCGAGAGCCGAGCACAUUAAGCAGUACAAAUGUCCAUCUUGCAGCAACAAGAGAAUCCGACCCUGAUGCGGUUUGCACAGAACACGUGUGGUAUUUAUUAGCAACAACUUCUCCUCCCUUCCCAAACCAAAGUUUAAAAAAAAGGGGAAUAAAAAAAGGAAAAAGAAUGAAGAUAUGUCAAGUAUUGUUCCCCUUAGGAUCUCAGCGUAGACCACUAAUUGUGUAUUAGGAUUAGCUUAAACUUUAAAUAGGACUAUGGUUAGGUUGGAAAUUUAUAUUCUAUGGCAUAUGUGGACAGACUCCUUUCUGUUUGUGUAUUGUAUGAACUAUGUCUUUUGUACGUGGUAUAAGUAUGUGGUAUAAUGUGUUGUUAAAAAGUUCAUAUAUGUCGGGA